GGCAAUAGAGCGAGACUCCCUAAAAAAAAAAAAAAAAAAAAAGAAUGAUUUCAUCCAAUGCCCUCAGUAACAGAGGAGGUCCAAGUCCAGUGAGGGGGUGGAACGAACAUACAGCGGAAAGGACACGAGACAGGCGCGCCACCGGGUUGAGUCUCGUGAACAAACUGAGGCCACAGUGCCUUCCUCAGGGCUGUACCUCAGUUAGCAAAACAAAGGCAUUCUCUCUGACGGGUCAAAUCACCGAAGCCUAGGGAUCGUCGCUGGGGGCUGCGACGGGGCUGGCAUGAAACGUCCCCUCUGUCUGGCUGGGCGAAGGGUCAGUGCUCAGGAGUUUCAGGCCUUUAAGGCCAGGCCAGACUGCAGGGGGACUCUGUAGCCGGGUGGGGGUUUCGAUCCUGCACUGUGGCCUUGCAACUGCGAGGCCUUGGGGGUCGUGCUUCGUUCGCCUGAAAUCUUAGUUCGUGCGUGCAGGAGGCGCCUGGCUUGUCCGGCGGUGCGAAGCGGCAAGCCGGAGGGCGCACUAGGCGUGUCCGCCCAGCGCGGCCUCUGUAAGCCGGGCAGGCGCCCGGCCUCCCGGCUCCCGGCCCCGCCUCCGCCCCGCCCCCGCCUCCGCCCCACUCCCGCGCGGCGCAGGCUCCGCCCCCGGAUCCCCCUGCCCGGUCCGGCCCGCUUGGCCCCGGCGGCAGCGGCAGCGGCUGCGGCUGCAGCGAAGGCGCGCGAAGGUAGGAGGCCGGGGGCGCGCGCGUGCGCGGGGGCGGGACGGACGCGCUCCCGGCGGAGGAGGCCGCGCGCCCGGGGACGGGCUGGAGCGACGUCCCGGGUUUGGGGGCGCUGUGGGCGCCUCACCCGCCGCUGCUCGGCACCGGAGGCCAAGUGAGCGUUCCCGACGGGAUCCGCGGAUGCCCCGCCGCGUCUUGCCGCCCAUCCUGCUCGGAUUGUCGUGGGCCGGGGGCACGACAGGAGGCCGGGGCCUGCUCGGGCGCAGCGGCCUGCAGGGCGCAGCCAUCCCUCCGCCAGCCGGGGUCCCCUUGCUCCGUGGGCGGCCGUGGGAGGCCUUCGCGACAGCCGCUGCCUCCCGCAGAUGCCCUCUGCAGCUCCUGAGUGCGGGCCCCGCUCUGCACUGCCCUCCUCGUGUGGGACCCAGUUUCGUCUUCAUUGCAGCCCUGCCGAGUCGGAAGCAUCUCCAUUGUGCAGAAGGGGAAACUGAGGCCCAGAGUGCGCAGUUGGGCUGGCCACGAAGUCAGGGCCGCCGGAUGCUGUGCGGGGAUGGGGCCCUGCACCGCUUGCGCCUCUCACCAUGCGGCCUCAGGCCCCUGGGCCCGGCCAGCGUCUCUGGAGUGGGCAUUUUGAACAAGCGCCCUCCUGAUUUUCACACAAACCUAAGUCUGAAGACCGUGCUGGGGCAGAUGUCUGCCCCUCUGGUGACCAGCUCACAACUCCCUCGGGAAGACGAUUGACUGGGGAAUGGGGACCCUGGGGAGGGGGCCUUCGCGGUGCCAUCUGUCUGUUUACGCCAGAAAACAGAAAUUUCUGUUUUUUUUUCCGCUGGGCUCACAGCAGGUGCUUAGUAAACAGAUCUUGUGGUGGGAGCAGAGGCCAGCGGGAUUCAGGCAAGACUCCAGGAGUCAACACCUGGAUCUCGGAGGCUCCCCAUCGGCGCACAUUUCCCUGA